AUGUCGACCUCCAUUUCCCUCCUCAUCCCUCCAAUUCUGGCUUUAAGCUUCCUCCUCUUUCCCCCAAUAUCCGCCGCGGAUUUCAAUCGAGAAUUCGAUCUGACAUGGGGACAAGGCCGCGCCCACAUACUCGACAACGGCCAACUCCUCACCCUUACUCUCGACCGCACCUCCGGCUCCGGCUUCCAGUCCAAGAACCACUACCUUUUCGGCAAACUCGACAUGCAGCUCAAGCUCGUCCCCGGCAACUCCGCCGGCACCGUCACCGCCUACUUCCUCAAGUCAGGGGGAGCGGCAUGGGACGAGAUUGACUAUGAGUUCCUGGGGAACUUGUCGGGCCAACCUUACACCCUCCACACAAACGUAUUCACCAACGGAAAAGGCGACAGGGAGCAACAGUUCCGUCUCUGGUUUGAUCCCACCGCCGAUUUCCACACUUACUCCAUCCUCUGGAACCCCAACACCAUCGUUUUCUCGGUUGACGGGACCCCGAUAAGAGAAUUCAAGAACCUGGAGGCGGCCGGGGUUCCUUUCCCGAAAUCACGGCCGAUGAGGCUGUACUCGAGCCUAUGGAACGCCGACGAUUGGGCGACCAGAGGUGGGUUGGUGAAGACGGAUUGGUCCAACGCUCCAUUCGCGGCCUCGUACAGAGAUUUCAGAGCAGGGGAGGCAUGCGUUUGGAGCGGCGGCGAGACGGCGACGUUUUGUACUCCACCUGCUGCCACGUCCGGGUGGCUGAAUCAGCGGCUGGAUUCCAUGAAUCAGCAGAAGCUGAGAUGGGUACAGAGCCACUAUAUGAUUUACAACUACUGUACCGACACCAAGCGCUUCCCUCAGGGACCCCCAACAGAGUGCAAUACGGCUGCUGCACACUAA